CUUUUCUCUACUGUGUGGAUGCUUCCGAGGCUGCUUUUUUAUCAGAAUUUGUUCUUGAAUUUAAUUCUUUCUCAUCAUUUCCUAAUUUAGAUACCCACAAUAUGCAUCAGUUAGCAAUGGCAAUUUGAGAGAUGCUUAAGAAUGGCUAGGAUACCAAAUAGUGCUUGGGUGGAAUAGGGGUUGCACUUGGCAAAGAAGCUGCUCAUAUGAUGAAUACCCUGUUGAAGUAUCUACGGUCCCCCAGACAACAGCUUCUUCCUAUCAGAAAGAACUUUGAAGCAUUGGGUUUUUCUGCUCUCCACACUGCCUCUAAUUCGUCAGUGGAACUUCACUCGGAAGAUCAGGAAGUUGUGAUCGCUUUGGGAAGUAAUGUAGGCGAUAGGCUACAGAACUUCAAGGAGGCCUUGAAGUUAAUGAGGAAGUCAGGCAUAAACAUCACAAGGCAUGCUUGUUUGUAUGAGAGUGCACCAGCAUAUGUGACUGAUCAACCUUACUUUUUAAACUCAGCAGUUAGAGCAGUUACUAAACUUGGGCCCCAUGAGUUAUUGGCUGAACUCAAAAUUGAGAAGGACUUGGGCCGUAAGGAUGGUGGUAUAAGGUAUGGUCCAAGGCUAAUUGACUUGGAUAUUUUAUUUGGAAAAUACAAGGUAAGCUCCAACCUUCUGACUGUACCUCAUGAAAGAAUUUGGAAGACCAUUGUGGUAGCUCCUUUGAUGGAUUUGCUGGGAUCAGCCGUGGACAGUGACACAGUUGCUUGCUGGCAUUCCUUUUCAGGCCAUUCUGGUGGAUUUGCUGAAGCAUGGGAGAGAUUAGGUGGUGAAUCCCUUAUUGGAGAGGAAGGCUUGAAAAGAGUCUUGCCUAUUGCAGGUGGCUUGCUAAACUGGUCACAGAGAACUUCUGUAAUGGGCAUUCUUAAUUUGACACGGACAGUUUCAGUGAUGGGGGUACAAUUUCAAUCCGUAGAUUGUGCUGUUUCACAGUUCCGCAAAAUGAUUGCCGAGGGGGCAGAUAUGAUUGACAUUGGAGCUCAGUCUACAAGGCCAAAAGCCACCAGGAUCUCUGUUCAAGAAGAAUUGGAUAGACUAGUUCCUGUCCUAGAAGCUGUUCUGGCCAUACCUGAGUCAAUAGGAAAGUUUAUAUCUGUUGAUACUUUCUACUCUGAAGUUGCUUCAGAAGCAGUUAGUAGAGGGUUGGUUCAUCUUAUAAAUGAUGUAUCUGCCGGACAAUUAGAUCCUAAUAUGUUCAAGGUCAUUGCGGAUCUUGAAGUCCCUUAUGUUGCAAUGCACAUGAGGGGGGACCCUUCUACUAUGCAGAAUGCUGAGAACCUGCAAUAUGAUGAUGUUUGUAAGCAAGUAGCCUCUGAAUUAUAUUCGCGAGUUAGAGAGGCAGAACUCUCAGGCAUCCCAGCAUGGAGGAUGAUCAUUGAUCCUGGUAUUGGAUUCUCAAAGAAAACUGAAGAUAAUUUAGACAUUCUCAUGGGACUAUCUGAUGUCAGAGCAGAGAUUGCCAGAAAAAGCUUGGCCAUCUCUCAUGCUCCUUUGCUAAUUGGACCUUCAAGAAAGAGUUUUCUACGUGAAAUUUGCUCUCGACCGGCUGCAGAUGAGAGAGAUCCCGCAACAGUUGCUUGUGUCACAGCUGGUGUCUUGGUGGGGGCAGACAUUGUAAGGGUGCAUAAUGUUAGAGACAACCUAGAUGCUGUGAAGCUCUGCAAUGCAAUUCAGAGACAGAGAAGUCAUCACGCAAAAUGCAGGCAAUGAUCUAGUUUUUGUUUCCGACGCUAGCAUUCUCAGUGACGCUACUUGCUAGUCCAAAGAGACGACUGAACGUUGCCAUAGAGCAGAAAGUUUGAAGUAUCUUGGGGGGGAAGUAUUGAGUGUUUGACAAUAUUUGUAGCUAGAUCAUAAACGUGCUAUUAUCAACUCAGUCCUUAAAUUUAUCUCUUUUAUUUCAACUUGGUUCAACAUUUUUGUAACAUGAUCACUGUUAUCAAGAGCAUGCCUGUAACUUAGCACUCGAUCAUUUUCUUA